AUGGACGAAGUAGUCUCUCUCGAAGGAUGGAAAGCCUCAUGUGGAAUCAACGCAAGAAACAGCACUUAUACGCUCCAUAUUAAGGACAAGCCCAGAGGCACUUGUGAAGAAGAAUACACAGGUUGCACUUCUUCCAAUGCACAGUUCAAGAUCAGCACAACGACAGCUGAACUGCAGCCCGACAGCACUGCACUAGUCACUAUGAACGAUAGACACGCUGGGCAACGUACAGACCAGAGCAAGGCAUGUGCACUUGCAAGCAUGUCGAAAGUCAGCCUCGAGUGCCACAUGUUUGCACAUUGUCACAAUGAGUCUCAAAAGUGUCUCGUGUCGGAUGUCCAGGUGGGAGAGAAGGGUUCUUGGUGCAACAUCUGUCCGUCUGCAUUCUCGUUGUCUGCAGCCGACGAGAACCAAAUGACUCCAGAGUUCAGCAUGACCCGGAACCUACAGAAGCACAAAUGGACAGGUUUAUCCAAGAAGCAUUACAAGUGCGAUGUCUGCCCUGCGGAGUUCACCUGGAGUGCUCACCUGGAGCAGCACAAGCGGACACACACAGGCGAUAAGCCAUACAGGUUCGAUGUCUACAAUGCAGAGUUCAGCCAGAGCGGGAACCUACAGCAGCACAAGCGGACACACACGGGCGAGAAGCCAUACAAGUGCGAUGUCUGCCCUGCUGAGUUCAGCCACAGCGAGUACCUACAGCGUCAUAAGCGCACACACACUGGCGAGAAGCCAUACAAAUGCGAUGUCUGCCCUGCAGAGUUCAUCCAGAGCGGGAACCUACAGCGUCACAAGUGGACACACGCAGGUGAGGAGCAAUACAAGUGCGACGUCUGCCACGUAGAGUUCAGCCGCAGCGGGAACCUACAGCAGCAUAGGCGGAUACACACGGGCGAGAAGCCAUACAAAUGCGAUGUCUGCCCUGCAGAGUUCAGCCAGAGCGGGAACCUACAGCAGCACAAGCGGACACGCACAGGCGAUAAGCCAUACAAGUGUAAUUUCUGCCCUGCUGAGUUCAGCCACAGCGAGUACCUACAGCGUCACAAGCGCACACACACGGGCGAGAAGCCAUACAAAUGCGAUGUCUGCCCUGCAGAGUUCAGCCAGAGCGGGAACCUAAAGCAGCACAAGCGCACACACGGGCGAGAAGCCAUACAGCCAUACAGGUGCGAUGUCUGCCACGCAGAGUUCAGCCGCAGCGGGAACCUACAGCAGCAGAGGCGGAUACACACGGGCGAGAAGCCAUACAAAUGCGAUGUCUGCCCUGCAGAGUUCAGCCAGAGCGGGAACCUACAGCAGCACAAGCGGACACACACAUGCGAUAAGCCAUACAAGUACAAUUUCUGCCCUGCUGAGUUCAUUCAGAGCCUGAACCUACAGCGUCACAAGCGGACACACGCAGGUGAGAAGCAAUACAAGUGCGAUGUCUGCCACGCAGAGUUCAACCGCAGCGGGAACCUACAGCAGCACAGGCGGAUACACAAGGGCGAGAAGCCAUACAGCCACAGCGUGAACCUACAGCGUCACAAGCUUGCACAUACGGGCGAGAAGCCAUACAGGUUCGAUGUCUGCCAUGCAGAGUUCAGCCAGAGCGGGAACCUACAGCAGCACAAGCGGACACACACGGGCGAGAAGCCAUACAAGUGCGAUAUCUGCCCUGCUGACUUCAGCCACAUCGAGUACCUACACCUUCACAAGCGCACACACACGGACGAGAAGCCAUACAAAUGCGAUGUCUCCCCUGCAGAGUUCAGCCAGAGCGGGAACCUAAAGCAGCAUAAGCGGACACACACGGGCGAGAAGCCAUACAGCCACAGCGUGAACCUACAGCGUCACAAGCUUGCACAUACGGGCGAGAAGCCAUACAGGUUCGAUGUCUGCCAUGCAGAGUUCAGCCAGAGCGGGAACCUACAGCAGCACAAGCGGACACACACGGGCGAGAAGCCAUACAAGUGCGAUAUCUGCCCUGCUGACUUCAGCCACAUCGAGUACCUACACCUUCACAAGCGCACACACACGGACGAGAAGCCAUACAAAUGCGAUGUCUCCCCUGCAGAGUUCAGCCAGAGCGGGAACCUAAAGCAGCAUAAGCGGACACACACGGGCGAGAAGCCAUACAGCCACAGCGUGAACCUACAGCGUCACAAGCUGGCACAUACGGGCGAGAAGCCAUACAGGUUCGAUGUCUGCCACGCAGAGUUCAGCCAGAGCGGGAACCUACAGCAGCACAAGCGGACACACACGGGCGAGAAGCCAUACAAGUGCGAUAUCUGCCCUGCUGACUUCAGCCACAUCGAGUACCUACAGCUUCACAAGCGCACACACACGGACGAGAAGCCAUACAAAUGCGAUCACAAGCGGACACACACGGGCGAGAAGCCAUACAAGAGCGAUGUCUGCCCUGCUGAGUUCAGCCACAGCGAGUACCUACAGCGUCACAAGCGCACACACACGGGCGAGAAGCCAUACAAAUGCGAUGUCUGCCCUGCAGAGUUCAGCCAGAGCGGGAACCUAAAGCAGCACAAGCGCACACACACGGGCGAGAAGCCAUACAGGUACGAUGUCUGCCCUGCAGAGUUCGGCCACAGCGAGUACCUAGAGCGUCACAAGCGCACACACACGGGCGAGAAGCCAUACAAGAGCGAUGUCUGCCCUGCUGAGUUCAGCCACAGCGAGUACCUACAGCGUCACAAGCGCACACACGCGGGCGAGAAGCCAUACAAAUGCGAUGUCUGCCCUGCAGAGUUCAGCCAGAGCGGGAACCUAAAGCAGCACAAGCGCACACACACGGGCGAGAAGCCAUACAGGUACGAUAUCUGCUCUGCAGAGUUCGGCCACAGCGAGUACCUACAGCGUCACAAGCGCACACACACGGGCGAGAAGCCAUACAAGAGCGAUGUCUGCCCUGCUGAGUUCAGCCACAGCGAGUACCUACAUCUUCACAAGCGCAGACACACGGACAAGAAGCCAUACAAAUGCGAUGUCUGCCCUGCAGAGUUUAGCCAGAACGGGUACCUACAGCGUCACAAGCGCACACACACGGGCGAGAAGCCAUACAGGUACGAUGUCUGCCCUGCAGAGUUCAGCCACAUCGAGUACCUACAGCGUCACAAGCGCACACACACGGGCGAGAAGCCAUACAAAUGCGAUGUCUGCCCUGCAGAGUUCAGCCAGAGCGGGAACCUACAGCAUCACAAGCGCACACACACGGGCGAGAAGCCAUACAGGUACGAUGUCUGCCCUGCGGAGUUCAGCCACAGCGAGUACCUACAGCGUCACAAGCGCACACACGCAGGUGAGAAGCCAUACGAAGCCCAGUGCGAUGACUGCCACGCAGAGUUCAGCCGCAGUAGGGACCUACAGCAGCACAAGCAUAAGCCAUAA